AUGCAGAAAUAUCGAAAGUAUAUGAUAAUCUAUGCCUUUUUAUUAUGUUUUCGAUUUUGGAUAUCUCAAAGUAAUUCAUACAUUCAUCCUGAUGAGCAAUUGCAGUCGUUACAGAUAAUUGCCGGGAAAAAUCUUGGUUGGAAGGUCGAGCUUCCUUGGGAAUUCACAUCUGAAGAACCAAUUCGGUCCAUGCUUCCUUUGUAUCUUAUGCUCCUACCUGCGUUUUACACUGCAAAAGCGACUUGCCAUGAAUUUUGUAAACCAGAUACUAUAUAUCUGUUAGCUAGAUUCACUAUGUUUUUGUGGUCUCUAGCUAUUGAUUUUAGCAUAUCCAGGAUUGUUCCACCAACAAAAAAAUGGAAGUGUUUAAUUCUGUAUUCUUCAUCAUUUUUAGCUUGUAGCUUCCAGACUCACACUAUCUCAAAUUCUAUGGAAACCGUGUUUACAUUUCUGACAAUUAUGUUCCUAUCAAAGCUGGCUGUCUCUUCGGUGAACAGUAGGAGCAGUUAUUUAUUGUCAACGGCAGCAUCCAUAAGCACUACGAUCGGUAUUUUUACUAGAAUUACCUUUCUUGCAUUCGUUUUUGUGCCUUUUGUUUAUUACGGUUUUCAAUGGUUAAAAACUAACAGGAAAAAUAAGCUUUCGCUGUUUAAGCACAUUUUCUUUAUGAUUUGUUCAUGUGUGUUAGUGUCUUCACUGUGCGUUUAUGAAGAUUAUAAGUUUUACGGAAAGUUCACAAUUACUCUUCUCAACAAUAUAAGUUAUAACUCUCGGGUUGAAAAUCUAGCCUUACACGGAAUUCAUUCCAAGAAUCAGCAUUUCCUUGUUAACGUUCCUCUUCUAUGUGGUCCGUUACUCUUUGUGUUUUCACUGUGGAAUCUGCGAAGUGCUCAUGCAUGGUUUUGGAUUUUUCCGGUAGCUGUACUCUCCAUUUUUCCACAUCAAGAAGCCAGAUUUCUACUUCCCGCCGUCUCUCUAUAUGUAGUGUUUGCGGCUCAACAUAUUAGGUCGCGAUUUCUCCUGUUGCUGUUCAUAAUUUACUCGACUGUUAUGUCAGUAUUUUAUGGGAUUAUGCACCAAAAUGGAGUGGUUCCCUCUGUUGUAGAACUUGGUUCGAUACUUCGUGAUAAUGGUUUACUAAACCACGCUUCCGUCAGUCAUCAUCCGGCUACAAUAUACUACUGGAGAACUUAUACAGCACCAACAUGGAUGUUGGCUCGUCCAAAUUCUAGUCCAGUGGAUGUCGUCCAACUGUACAAUUAUUCUAAGGAACAAUCCUUAUCCCUCUUUUGGGAUGAUUAUUUUAAAAGCCAAUUAGCAGAGAAGGAAUCCUCAGGUGUUGCUUCUUCGGAUACCCUUUCUUUUCCUAUACUAGUAUGUCCUGUCGCCCUUUUACAGUCCGAAGAAGAUAUGAAAGGCUUACAGCUUUUACGUUAUAUACCUUACCAUGUCGACCUAGAUGACGCAGAUGAGCUUCCGUUAGCUGAUUUGAUUCGAAAUCAUGGAAUAGGCAUAUAUGCAGCUAAAAAAAAUUAA